AUGACCCAGAACCCGGAGUAUGCGGAGCCAGUACCGCACCUCCUGGGAAGGUUGACGGAAGCUGCGUGGCAGCCUUCCGACUGCCAGCCUUCCUGCCAGCCCAUACUCUCUGCGCCCGUGUUUGCCGCACAGCCGUCGCACGGCUACAUGGAUCACUAUGCGGUGGCGCCCUUUCAGGAGACGGCCUUGGCUAUGUCGCCGAGCUCAAUGUAUCCUUGCGAGUGUGCUAAGGCGCCUCAACUGCCACAGCCAGCAGGCUACGCGGUCGUUAACGUUGCAGUUCCCGUGGAGGCUGUCACCAAGACAAAACCUCAGCUGCUCUUGGACCCUUUCCUGCAGCCACCGGAUGCUCCGAAAUUCCAACAUUCGAAGGAGACUCGACAGUGCAACUGGCGUAAGGCCUUAGCUCCUGGCUUGGUUCAGCAGGAUCAACAAGGACGCGCCGGAAACCCGGAGCAGACGCUGCAGCAGCCCAUCACCAUGGACGCGCAGCGGGUGGCCAGCCUCUUUGAAGACGGCAAGACGACCAUCAUGCUCCGCAACAUCCCCAACCGAUAUACCUGCGAGGAAAUGUUGCACGAUGUCAUCAGCGCCGGAUUCGACCAAAUGUUCGAUUUCUUCUACCUCCCCAUGGACUUCUCGAGCAAGCGAAAUCGCGGAUAUGCCUUCAUCAACUUCACAUCCUCUCGUGCGGCUCGGGCGUUUGCGUUGGCCUUCCACGGGCGCCAGCUGAACCGUUACCACUCGAAGAAGAUCCUGGAGGUGGUUCCUGCGGUGACGCAGGGCUAUAAGGCGAACUUUGCCAAGUACUUCGAGAAGGACGCCGGGCGCAUCAAGAACGACUUUUUCAGGCCCAUGCUCUUCGCCUGCGAAGCCUUCGAGUUAGACUGA